CCUGUAAACACGCGACACUUCGUUGGGGAUCCGAAACCAUACCCAAGCUCUCCCAGGGCACGUUUUGCGACCACGUCCCCUUUUUGUCCCUAGUCGACCGACGGUCCUUCUCGACUCUGCCCUGCUUGUGAGACUGGCCACGCCCAUCUUCCGCUUCCUCGGCGGCCAUUCGUCGCUACUAUGCUACCUCUACGCAUACGAAGAUACCGCCCGUUUCUCAUAGGCGCAUUCAUCAUUCUUGUGCUGCUAUACCAUGUCUCCCAGAACUCGGACUGGGAGCUCUCACAGUCCGCUUUGUACUCUCCAAAGAAGGCGCCAGCAGACUCGGCUGCCCAAGACAGACUAAAUGUUGAAUACCAACCGCCACAACCACCGAAACCUACGUCGAUAGCGCACGAGAAACAGACUACAGCUAGCGCGCAACCUACGCCCAAGAAAGAGACCGGUAUCAGGAUUCCCCAGCUCAAGACCAGUAACGAGGUACCUGGCGGCUUUGGCCUGCCCACUCCCGCCCCUACAGUCGGAAAGGCGCAUGAUUAUAGUGCCGCCGAGGAGUCACACGUUGCCGUGAAGCUGCCCGAUCGGCCCGUACCAGGAACGAGUGACGGUGGAAAGCCUAUCGCGGACAUCGAAAACGUUGAGCCUACAUCGACAAAGGAACACUGGCAGAAGCCGAGUGAAUGGUUCCCUGUUCCUAAAGAAUCCAUCAUCAAGCUGCCCACCGGGAAACCCAAACCCAUUCCCACGGUCCAAUUCAAUUUUGGUGAAGAAUCUCCCGAGGCCAAGGAGAAGCGCGUGGCUCGUCUGAACAAGGUCCGGGCGGAGGCGCAACGCGCUUGGUCCGGUUACAAGAAGUAUGCCUGGGGCCAUGACGAGCUUACGCCCGUUACCAGAAUAUCUAAAGACCCCUUUUGCGGCUGGGCCGCUACGCUUGUCGAUGCGCUGGAUACGCUUUGGAUCAUGGGGCUGAAGGAGGAAUUCGAUGAAGCCGUCGAGUAUGUCAAGGAGCUUGAUUUUACCUACUCUGCGCACCGCUCCGAGAUUCCCGUGUUUGAGACCACUAUUCGUUACCUUGGUGGUUUUCUGGGCGCUUACGACGUAUCCGGUGGUGAAAAGACAGAGGCCGCGUAUAAAAUCCUCCUGGACAAGGCCGUCGAGCUCGCCGAGGUGCUCAUGAGCGUCUUCGACACCCCCAACCGCAUGCCGAUUCUGUACUACAAUUGGCGCCCGUCUUUCAACGAAAACCCCAAGCGAGCAUCUACCCGCUCCGGUAUGGCCGAGCUGGGUACCUUGAGCAUGGAGUUCACUCGCCUAGCUCAGCUGACGGGCGAGAACAAGUAUUAUGACGCUGUUGCCCGUAUCACGAACGCCUUGGAGGAUCUGCAGAACCGAGAGGACGGAACUGCUCUACCUGGAAUUUUCCCAGAGAACAUUGACGCUUCUGGCUGCAACCGCACCGCUCAGGCUGCUACCAACUAUGAUAACCUCAGCGAUGCUGGAAAGCAGCAGGUUGACGAUGCCACAGACCUCAAUGAGGAGCCACAGGGCUACACCGCCGGGAUGACAGCCCAAGACAUCCAAAAUGGCAAGGACCCUCUGGAUUUGAAUGGCGUCACGAAGCGAGAACUCAACCGACGAACACCCCCGCCCCGUUCUUCAGUCCCAGGACACCAACCCCCUCCUUGGAAGGGAGCCAAAAACCAAGGCCCACCGCGCGACGCGCAAGGAAUGCCCGCAAAUUGGGAUUGCGUGCCCCAAGGCCUGGUAGCAGGCGGCUGGGGCGCCGAGUCGUACAGCAUGGGCGGCAGCCAAGACUCGGCAUACGAAUACUUCCCCAAGCAGUAUUUGUUGCUAGGCGGGCUCGAGGACAAGUACCGCACCAUGCACGAAAAGGUGUCGGCCGCUGUAAAGAAGUACCUCCUCUUUCGGCCCAUGGCACCCGGGAACCCCGAUAUUUUGUUCUCGGCCAAGGUGACCAGCUAUGACCACACGGACCAGAAGCUCAAUUACGAGUGGGAGGCCACGCACCUGACCUGUUUUCUGGGGGGCAUGUACGGCUUGGGUGGCAAGAUCUUUGGGAGCCCCGAGGACGUGGAGAUUGGUAGGAAGCUUGCUGCCGGGUGUGCGUGGGCGUACGAGGUCAUGCCGACGGGCAUCAUGCCCGAGUAUUCGAUGGUCCUGCCGUGCGCCAAGGCGGAUGAUUGCCAGUGGAACCAGACGGCUUGGUAUAAUGCCAUUGAUACGGAGGCGGAGUGGAGAGACGAGCAGCUGAAGAAGUGGGAGGUUAACCAUGCGGAGUGGGUGCAGGAAGUGAAGAUGCUCAAGAAGGAGUAUGCUGAGGCUGAGGAGGCGGCGGCUAGGGCAAGAAGUGAGCAGGAAGCUAAGCCCAAGAAUACCCACCAAUCGGGACUAAACCCUGGUGUUCAUCAGGGCAUGCAGCAGGAUGUCGAUUACCACCUGACCAAGAGGAGGUUUUCUGAAGACGACAAGAUCGAGGUGGCCAAGAAAGUCAAUAAGCUCGAAGAUGAGCUUGAUCUGAACAAUAACAUUGCUGGCCAUGGGCAGCAAGACCAACAGCAAAAGCCCAUGUCCGAACUCCUCCUGCCGCCGGAGCCAGAGAAGCCGCUCAGCCAUGAGGAGUAUGUUGAGGACAGGAUCAAGAGGGAGAAUAUCCCGCCGGGGUUUGUGUCGUUGAAUGAUAAGCGGUAUAUCCUUCGCCCCGAAGCAAUCGAAUCCGUCUUUUACUAUUACCGCAUCACCGGCUCGCCCAGAUGGCAAGACAAAGGCUGGCGCAUGUUUGAGUCCGUCAUUGCCGCCACGCGCACCGACAUUGCUCACAGCGCUAUUGACAACGUUGCCAUUGCCUCUACCUCUACCUCUACCUCUACUUCUUCUACCAAAGAUAAAGAUAAAGAUGAAGAUGACGAUAGAAAGCAAACGAAACCAAGCUUCACAGAUAGCAUGGAGAGUUUCUGGUUGGCGGAAACGCUCAAGUAUUUCUACUUGCUGUUUGCCGAGCCGGAUGUGGUGAGCUUGGAUGAGUAUGUGUUUAAUACCGAGGCUCAUCCUUUUAAACGGCCGACGUAGGCAUAUGGUGGUGAUGUUUUUUUUUUGGAAUAACGGAAGGAAAUGAGGAGUUGGAAAGUACUUUUUUGGCAUCAGUAUCGAGUUGGUAUUGGAGUUGGCAUCGGAUUUAGCGUUGAUAAGUAAGGGUUGGAUAGUUAACGUACGUACGUACGUAACGUACCUACCUUGCGAAACCUUGUGGGUGUAGUGUACCUAGUUGAAGCAAGCCGGGUUGGAUUCGAAUGAUCGAAAG